GUGAAGGUCACUUACCAAAGGCAAAAUAUGGUCUUGAAGAAAUAAUAGAAUGGAUUCCAAUAGAGAAUGAAAUCAGAAAAGAAUUCAAAUAUUUUCAUGGAACCGAAUACAGUCCUGAAUCAAAUCAAUAUUAG